AUGGCUGGCCCGAACUUUGAAGCUCUGAGAAACCUGCACAACUCUGCCAAUGAUCUUCUCCACUCUCCUCUCAUCCAGCAAGCUCUGGUCCGCAACAGUCAAGAGAAAUGGGUUCAUGAAGUCUCAGAAGCCUCUCUUAAACUGUUGGACGUGUGCAGCAUUUCGAAAGAUGUUCUUUUUCUCGUAAAAGAGCAUCUCCAGGACCUUCAGUUCACGUUACGUAGAGUGAACAGCUCCGGAGAAGAAGAUAUAGGGAGCAAAAUGACGGCCUACAAUGUUUAUCGGAACAAGUUGAAGAAGGAGACCCUCAAGUGCUUGGAUUCUUUGAAAUGUCGCCGUCCGAUGAAGAGCAAGUCCUCCAUUGUUAGCUUGGAACUUUUCCCUAUAGACCAGAACCUCACGGUAGUUGUGGAUGUGCUAAGGCAAGUGAGGGUCACCACAGUUUCAAUUGUGGAGACUCUGCUGUCCCUCAUAUCCAUUCCUUGGCUCGAUGAAAAAUCAAGUAGAAGUUGCACUGCUUCUUUCAUGUCCAAGUUCAUUUGUGGAAGGAGCCAAAAAGUACAUGACCUAUGCGAUGCAACCGCGCUUCAGAGUGCGAAUACAAGGUUGGAUGCUGUGGAGAUCGCCAUUCAAGAUCUUCAAGUUGAGUUAGAGUGCAUGUUCAGACGCUUAAUAGACACCAGAGUUGCCCUACUCAACAUCCUUACCAACUAG